GCUUUGCACUGCGGCUUGACCCGGAGCGCGCAAACGUCACCGAUUUUGUGUGCCCAAUGCCCCGCGGCCUUUCGGCGCCCACCUGCACCACCCAACCUCCAGAUACGCCCUUGAACUCGGGGCAGAAGAAGCAGUGGCCAUGUCUUCCAGCAAUAUCCUUUUCCUGCCUUUCCGUCGCACGCAUACCGUAUCUCUCUCGAAUGCGAUCAAGCAGUACAUCUCUACCAAAUAUGAUCAGCACCCGGACAUGUUCACCUCCGAUCUGGAGGCCAUCGAUAUCCUCCGCGCGAGCGCCGUUCACUCCAUCGAGCCGCACGCGAGCGGUAUCCGGAAGUUGGAAGCAUAUGGGGCUCAGCUGGUCUGGAUAGGCGGAAAAUUCCCUGUAGACAUUGGCGUAGAUUUCUCCUGGUACCCCGCGUUGGGGUACAACACGCAGCGCCCAGUUUCAGAAAACAACAUCCGCUUUGAAAUCGCUAAUAUCUUAUUCAACCUCGCGGCCAUGUUUUCUCAGCUGGCCAUCUCCGCGAACAGAACAACCACUGAGGGCCUGAAAUUGGCUUCCAACCAGUUCUGCCAAGCAGCGGGCGUGCUGUCCUACCUGAAGACAAACAUCAUCCCCGACCUGCGCACGAAUCCGCCCGAGGAUAUGGAUACGAUGACCUUGGAGAGCUUGGAACAACUUAUGUUGGCACAGGCGCAGGAGUGUUUCUGGCAAAAAGCCGUAAAGGACGGGCUGAAGGACGCCUCGAUAUCCAAACUUGCGGCUAAGGUAUCAGACCUCUACGCCGACGCGGGAGACUGGGGUAUCAAGUCCGACGCUAUCAGCAGCGAAUGGAUACACCACAUGAACGCCAAACACCACCAUUUUGCAGGCGCCGCGCAGUACAGGGCUGCUUGCGACUGUCUCGAGAAGCGCAAGUACGGUGAAGAAGUUGCUAGGCUAAAAGACAGCCUGAACUGCGUAAAUGAGGCGCUCAAGGAGUCUCGCUAUGUCAACAAGGCAGUGCAGGCAGACCUUAACGGCCUCAAGAACAGGGUAACUGAGGACUUGAAACGUGCAGAGAAAGACAAUGAUAUGAUAUAUCUUUUGCCCGUUCCUCCGAAACCUGAGCUCAAGGUGCUUGACCGCGCCACUAUGGUUUCCUCCAAGGUUCCGAAAGAGGUCUCCGAUCCGCUCUCCGUGCUUGGUGAUAACACUGAGCUUGGUCGCCCCUUGUUCUCGAAAUUAGUACCAUACUCUGUUCAUGUUGCAGCAAGCAUCUACGCCGAUAGAAGGGAUCGCGUUGUCAAUAAGACGAUUGACGAAUUUGAGGGUCUUACUGCUAGGAUACACGAAGUUCUUAAGAGUCUGAACCUCCCCGGUUCGUUACAGGCUCUGGAAAAGCCCCUUGGUCUGCCCCCUGGACUUGUGUCACACGCCGAAGAAAUACGUCAACAGGACGGCAUCAAUAGAUUAUUCCGCUCUAUUGAUGAAACCGAGAAACUCAAAGAAAACGAUCGGGCCGUUUAUCAGGAAGGUGUCGAUCUGCUUCGCUCUGAAACUGCCGAAGAUGAGCGAGCCAGAAGGAAAUACGGUACAGACCGAUGGAUCAGGCCGGCCUCGGCCGACGCCGCGGCGAAGCUGUAUGCGCAGGUCAGCGAGAUAGACGGAUAUCUCAAGUCCGCAGCCAACAGUGACAACAUUGUUCAAGGAAAACUCAAGGACACGGAAAGCCAUAUUCGGCUCCUAUCUGGCACAGAUCACGACCUUGAACAGUUUGUUCCCAGCAGUAGGCGGGUCGUCAUGACUGCAGCUGUGGAACGGGAGGCCACAAAACUCAGGGGGUGUCUGAACGAGGUCAGCAGGCUUGAGACCAGACGGAAGCGCAAGAUCGAGACUCUCAAAGCCAAAGCGAAGCAGGACGAUAUCAACCCCGAUUUACUGCAAGAAACGGCUCGGCUCGAGAGGGAGUACCCCAUGCAGAGCAUUGAGGCUGUGCAGUUUGAGGACCUUUUCGAGCAACGCCUGCACAAGUAUGACGUCGACAAUGACAUGGUAACGGAAGACGAGCAGGAGCAAGAGUCAGUUUUCCAACGCCUGCAGGACGCCAAUGCCGCAUUCGUUGCCGCCCGCCGCGGGGAUUCUUCGACGAGACAGCGCGAGCAAGCCCUGCAGCAGCUCGAAAACGCGUACUUCAAGUACAAGGAAAUCAUAUCGAAUCUGGACGUCGGCCGCAAGUUCUACAACGACCUUGCCAAGAUCACGGGAAGAUUCAGAGACGACUGCCGCAAUUUUUGCUACCAGCGGAGGGCUGAAGCCACACAAUUCGAGAGCGAUCUCUCGGACGCAAUGUCCUCGCUGCACCUGCAGCAAGCCAACGCGCUCCAACAGCAGAAGCAAGCAGACCAGGAGAACCGGCCGUACCCUGCUCCGGCACACGCGGGGCAAGCAGCGAUUCCCGCGCCAAUGCCGACGAGGGCAACGCCGGCAGCGGGUCCCACGAAUGGCAUGUGGACGCCCGACAUGCCUAUUCGGUUCGGCAGUGGAGGGCCAGGGCCAGCGGGUGCGGCACCCCAGGGUAGCGCCAAGGGCGCGGUGCAGGACGCGCGGUGGGAUCCGUCAAAGGGAAUGAAGUUUGCGUGAAGAUCAUGUCGGACGAGUGGCUGGGGCGCGGGCGGAGUGGCGCAGCAGCAGUUAAGUUAUAGAUAUAUACGUUGAAUGGGGCAUGAUAAUCAAUUGCCGGUCCUGGGAUUAACUAGAGGCGCGCGCGUCGUGUCUGCGUAGCUACGUAGUACCGUGGUAGAUUUGCCGGUUAACCUUAGAUAGGUAAAUCAAAAGGG